UCGCGUGGACCGCCUCAAAAGAGCCCAGGAUAUUGCAGAGCGCACUGGAGCGCCUGGCAGCGCGCAGCCUUCCCGGCGCCGGCAGGCUGGGUCUUGGGGAUUCUGCUUUGCUUCGGGUCACUCACUUUACAAUCCACUGGAUCUCACAUGCCUCGGUACCUCCCACUUCCACUCCAUGUCUCCAUGCUCCUGUGCCAGCAACAGGACAUAUUUUCUGGAUGUCAGCUGAGUUACUAAGGUAGCUCUGCAUGUCAGUAGACCAACCUUGGUAGAAUCACAAGGCUCCUGGAGACACCUAUUUCUCCUCAUUUUUGUGUGUGCGUGUCCUCACUGAACAUUCAAAACUGUUUCUCCAAAGGGUUUUGCAAAAACUCAGACUGUUUUCCAAAGCAGAAGCACUGGCAUCCCCAGCAGAAGCGAUGGGCAGUGUGCGAACCAACCGCUAUAGCAUUGUCUCUUCAGAAGAAGAUGGCAUGAAGUUGGCCACCAUGGCUGUUGCCAAUGGCUUUGGGAAUGGGAAGAGUAAAGUUCACACUCGACAGCAGUGCAGGAGCCGCUUUGUGAAGAAAGAUGGCCACUGCAACGUUCAGUUCGUCAACGUCGGGGAGAAGGGACAACGGUACCUCGCUGACAUCUUCACCACGUGUGUGGACAUUCGCUGGCGGUGGAUGCUGGUUAUCUUCUGCCUGGCUUUUGUUCUCUCCUGGCUGUUUUUUGGCUGUGUAUUUUGGUUGAUAGCUUUGCUCCAUGGAGAUCUAGAUGCAUCGAAGGAGAGCAAAGCUUGUGUAUCUGAGGUCAACAGCUUCACAGCCGCCUUCCUUUUCUCCAUUGAGACCCAGACAACCAUAGGCUAUGGCUUCCGGUGUGUCACGGAUGAAUGCCCGAUUGCUGUUUUCAUGGUAGUGUUCCAGUCGAUCGUGGGCUGCAUUAUUGAUGCUUUUAUCAUCGGUGCAGUCAUGGCAAAGAUGGCAAAGCCAAAGAAGAGAAAUGAGACUCUUGUCUUCAGUCACAAUGCUGUGAUUGCCAUGAGAGACGGCAAGCUGUGUUUGAUGUGGCGAGUAGGCAAUCUUCGGAAAAGCCACUUGGUAGAAGCUCAUGUUCGAGCGCAGCUCCUCAAAUCUAGAAUUACUUCUGAAGGGGAGUAUAUCCCCCUGGAUCAAAUAGACAUCAACGUUGGCUUUGACAGUGGAAUUGACCGUAUAUUUCUGGUGUCUCCCAUCACUAUUGUCCAUGAAAUAGAUGAAGACAGCCCUUUAUAUGAUUUGAGUAAGCAGGACAUUGACAAUGCAGACUUUGAAAUUGUUGUGAUACUAGAAGGCAUGGUAGAAGCCACUGCCAUGACAACACAGUGCCGUAGCUCUUAUCUGGCCAACGAGAUCCUUUGGGGCCACCGCUAUGAGCCAGUGCUCUUUGAGGAGAAGCACUACUACAAAGUGGACUAUUCCAGAUUUCAUAAAACUUAUGAAGUACCCAACACUCCCCUUUGUAGUGCCAGAGACUUAGCAGAAAAGAAAUAUAUCCUCUCCAAUGCUAAUUCAUUUUGCUAUGAAAAUGAAGUUGCCCUCAGAAGCAAAGAGGAAGACGACAGUGAAAAUGGAGUUCCAGAAAGCACCAGUACAGACACACCCCCUGACCUUGACCUUCACAACCAGGCAAGUGUACCUCUAGAGCCCAGGCCCUUACGGCGAGAGUCGGAGAUAUGACUGAGCAGUUCGUUCUCUGGAAUAUUUGCUUAUCUACACAGUCUGUUGCUCAGAGGCCCGAAACAGUUACACAGACGACGGUACUGGUCAGGAGGUGGGGCAAGGCAGGUGGCCACAGGGGACUGAGGCUAGCACAAGUGAUUUCAAGAAAGAGUGUUAGCCCGAUGAUUGAAGUGAAGGACUCCACAGGCCUCAGCGUGACUCAGUGGCACAUAUACGUUAUAGACUAAGUUAUGGGUUUUUAAUGUAUUGUUUUGUGUUUUUACAAAACUUGAAUUUGCAGGCAAGCCUCGGUUGGGUAUUUGACUUAUCCAGGACGCUUCUCUUUAGGGAACAAGAAUGUUUUUAAUGGCAUAACAAAGGCAAGACUUUGCCUUCAUGUUUGAAAAGCUGCUAACUACAUGAACACAAAUUGUAUUUUUGUUGCAGUGUAGGUUUUCUUUUAUGUAAUUUAAAAGUCAGUGUUGAACUUUGCUGAAAGCUCAUGUUGCACUGCGAGUGGCAAGUAUUUGGCUAUUAACUGCCAAAAUGAGAGCCUGAUUUUCUGAGGCCAGUAAUUUGUUUGCUACAAUUGAUUUCUCUCUCUCUCUCUCUCUCUCUCUCUCUCUGUCUCUCUCUCCCUCUCUCUCUCUCCCCUCUCUUUUUCUCUCUUUGGUUACAUAAGGGCAUUAUGUAACACUAGCCAAAUGGUAGCCUCUGAGUUUUUUGGGUUUUAUUUUCCUUUCUCUCCAGGAUAUUAAUGGGUUAUCUCAAAUUUUAAGUUAGACUACCUAAAGUGAAUACCAAAGAUAAUGCACAUUUUUGCACAAUGGAGCUUAUACUAAAAAGAAAAGAAAGCCCCACCGGUUGCCUUGAAAUCAAGAGACAAUAACUUUGAACCUCAGCAAAACCUUGAAAUGCCUGUUCAUUUUGCACCUUAUUCAGAAAACUGAGCAUCAAAACAGAGUCUAGUAAGGGUAGUGCUUUUUAAACUUUGUCUUUUUCAUGUACCCUUCUUACUGGAAGAGGAAGAAGAAAUGGAAGGUACAAUUCACCCACAUCCACACAGUAUCCAUACCUUUUCUUUCCUGCUGUAGGUAGUGCUGCCCAGGUGAAUACAUAAAGCAAGCAAUGAUGAUAAACUCUUAGAUUUGUCUGGACUUUUCCCUUUUUUGCACAUUCCAACACUUAUUCCAUAAGAUAAGAUCUCAGUUGGACUUUGCCUGCAUUCUGGAAUCCUCCGAAAGGAGCCGUCCAGCAUGAAACAGCAGUAGUUAAACAGUUGUGGCUCAAUUCAUGGCCUUGACUGUCAGGACAUUUUUAGCUUGGCAUCACCUUAGAAAAGACACCAUGCCUGGCCUUUUGGGUAUUUUCUCAGAUCAGCCUGUCUGGAGGGAGACCUGCAGUGUGGGAGCAAGCUACAGAUGAUGAUACAGAGUAGCAGGGAGUUACAGACGAGCCUCUCCCAUGCAACACUUUAGCUUAAGUAUUCAUCCACAAGAGAGAGGAAAAUUGCCUCUUUUUAUUGGAGAGGGCAGAAAUGAGAAUAUCUCAGUAUUUUAGGAUCAAAGAUUGUCAUAUAAUCAUGCAAGAUGAUUGCAAGUAAAUGCAAUAAUACCCCCAAAGGGGUAUUUCCCUCUCGGUGUGCAUAUGUAUGACCACUGUGAGCCAAAGCAUUGUUUUUUUGUGGAGCCCUAGAGCAGAGUCCCGGGACCCUGUUUUCCAGACACCUCUCCUGCCUAGCUAUCUGCCUUGCUAGAAACUACUCCUCUUCCCCAGCUCAAUAAUGGAACUCUUCUUUUGGUUUAAAGUUCCCUAUUUGUGAAUUCUGGGGUUGCUGACUUUUCUUUUUAAUUGGAUUCUCAAAAUCAACUCUCUUGUGGUAUUAUAUCCUGAUAUGCCAUUAAAAAACAACUUGUUCUAGAAUCCUGUACUUUGUAAAUUGAUGUUUGGAAUGGUCUCUGGUUUUUGAACAGCCAUAUAUGAAUGCAAUGCCUGCAGAAAUAUGACCGAUUCUGCUGUUUGCAGCCUUCCAUAUUGAUGGAUUUGAAAUCCACAGGUUAUUUUCACUGAAACCAAGAAAGAGAGGUUAAGCAAGUGGAUAUUAUUUAAAAUCCAAAUUUAAAAGCAGGUUUGGGAAGUUGUUUGAAGAGUUGGAGGAAAUGGGGAUGAGAGAAUUUAUAGAACAGACAAUAAUUUGACCCUUGACAGUGAGAGGCUAUUGAGAGCUUCAGCUGCUGCUAUUAUGAUGUUCUGCAAAGGGAAAUAAUCAAACCAAAGAGUAUUGAGUGACAUGUAAAUUAAAUGAAGAUGCAGGGGAGAAUGGGGGUGAUGACCCAGAAGGCCCUCCCCCCAAACACACAGUGCUACCACGUAAAAAGACUUGAGAUAUGUGAAGGGGGUGGGUAAAAGGACAAGAAAGAGAGAGGGAAAUCUUUCAACUUAUUUCUGAAAAAGAGAAAAUAAAAUCUAAAAUUUCUGGUGCACAGGUUUGUUUUGUUUUUUUUUUUCAAGAGAAUUUUGCAGAAGCUAUGUUUUUAAAGUGUACAUUUUAUAAAGUUUAUCAGAUAUUUUCAUAUUUAAAGCCAAAUGUAAAUAGAAAUGUGUAAAGCAAAAAAAAAAAUUGCCAUAGAAAGUAUAAUUUCAGUGCAGCAAUUUCUGAAAGCUAGUACCUAUAUGCUACCGGUUAGCAUGGUUUUAGCAAAUAUUUACCAGCCUUAUAAGGUUCGUAAUUGCUAUGUUCUUCUGUUAUUUAUUUCAGCAUGGACUGUUCAUUUGAAAGCUUUUCAUAGUUACUAGCAUUUUAAAAGUUACAAGCUUUAAAUGGCUGUUUUGUUGUUGUUGUUGUUGUUGUUAUUGUUAAGAGCCAAGACACAGGUAAUGCACAGCAUUUACUGCUGCAUUUUACCUUCAAAAUAGUUGUCCUUAUUGACUGGGUCUCCUUAACUAGUGCAAACCUGUCACUAGAAUGCAGAUGGAAGGGACUCACCUUGAAUAUCUGGGGUGGAUUCCCAGAUGCGUGUUGCUUCUCUAUUGCAAGCAAAUCCCUGUUGAAUUUCCUUAGGAUAUAUUCCCUUUUAAAGAAUGUUUGCCCAUAUCUGGAUGGGCAUUAUAUUUGGGGGGGGUGUAGAUUCCUGGUUAUUCUAUUUUUAAAUAAGAGGUAGACAAAGUGAAUUCUAUUUUGAUUAUUGAGAAAGGAAUAGUUUUCUAUCCCUCUAAGAGUAUACUUGAAUCAGACAUUUUAAGGAUGUCACUAUAGCACUGUAGUCAUUUCCAAAUUCCUACAGGAAGUUUGUUUUACUUGGUUUUUGUUCUAUUAGUGCAUUUCUUCCUUUCAUUUCCUUUCUUCCCUGCAUACUCCCACCCCAAAUCUCAGUGUGUAUUUGAAGAGCUCUGUCCCCCAAAUCAUGCUCCUCUUGCAAAUAAUAAAUGAGAGUUUAUAUUUUUUAAUAAGCCAAUUUAUAAAGGCAAAAGCGCUUGUCCUGAGUAGGGUGAGUUCUUUUCCACUCUGUGUCUAAUAAUGUCAAGGGGGGAAAUUAAAAGUGUUGUAUAGUCGUGUCCCCACCCACAACCUUCAGCAAACUAGAAUUUCUUUAGUAUCGUGAGGUUUCAGCUCUGGGCUCCAAUGAGUUGAAAAAUUUUGGCCUUGGACAAUCAUGUUAGUCAUUAUUUUCCCAUUUGCCAUCUUUUUGUAUCUACAGUCUUCCUAUUGUACUGCACAAACCAUGGAUUGUACAUAUUUUUAUAUAUUAUGUCUUAUUUUAUUAUUUCUAAAUAAAAAAUUAAAAAUGAA